AUGCCUCCGCCCACCACCCCAUACGAUGGAUUCAACCUUGAGCAGUCGGUCCAGAUCUGGACCCAGCUAGACCAGAUGCAGAGGCAAUUUGACUCUGACCUGAGCGAUGCGCAAGACGAGAUUAAUGCGUUAACUACUCAGCGCCAGGAAACACAUGAUCUGGCACAAGCACAAGCCAGAUUAAUCGCAACGCUCCAAGGUCAGCUGGCAGCCUAUCAGGCCAUCCAACACGCGCAGCCAGGUCCCGCUGCUAUCGAAAAGAAGAUCGUGGGUGUCAAAGAUCCUGGUGACUUUGACGGAGAACCAGGGAACUUCGCGCCCUGGAAAAGUAGAAUGGGGCUGUGGCUCUACGCCAAUGCCUCCGCGCUGCCAACCAACUUUGAUAAAUCCUCCGCCAUCCUUACACGGAUGAAGGGCAAGAUCCCGGCCAAGUGGGCACAAUACCACAUUGACCUGUACAAGAGUGGAGCCGAGCCCUGGCCCACAGAAGACGAGAUGCUCAAACUCGUCGCAGAAGCAUUCCUUCCGAGCUCCACAAAAGAUUGGGCACGGAAGAAGUUGUUGGGUCUCCGCAUGGGAGAAAGAAGGGUGGAGGAGUGGCUGGCCGAGUUCUUCAUUUUGAAGGAACAAGGCAAGGUGGAGGACGGUCAUGCGAUCAACUUGCUCAUCAAAAAUAUGAGCAACCCCAUCCGGGAAGAACUAUAUCGGGUGGGAGGUCAACACAAAACGGAUCUCAAAAAGGUGUACGCCGCGGUACGCAUUAUUGGGAUCCGGAUCAAAGAAUACAACAUCACAAUCGGGAAGAGGAGGGUUAACUACGAGCCAAAGCCAUUGACCUUCACGGCAAACCAGCGUGCUCCGCCCUAUAUGGGUGAACCAAUGGAGAUAGGAGCUACGCAGGUGGCGCAAAGUAGUGGCCCUAGAGGAGGGUGUUUCACCUGCCAAGGUCCCCACUUCGCAAGGGACUGCCUGCAGAGGAAAGGGGGAGGCCAGCCACGGCAGCAGCAGCAGCAGCAAGGAAGUCGCCCACAGGGCGCCACGGGACAUCAAGCCCGUGCUCUAUAUGACCCCUACACGGGGAAACUCAUUGAGCAGCCUCAGACAGCAGAGGCACAAAAUGGGAGCAGUGCUACCCCAUUACGGUGGCAAGCCGCGACCAAGGACAUGGACUUUGAGGCCGCUAGAGCCUAUUUUAGGGACUACAAAUCUUUAAACGGAUAA